UUAAAAUGUCAAAUUUAAGCCAAAAAGUGCUUAAAGUCACCCAAAAAUGAAAAGUUGGGAAUCCUAAUUUUUUUUUUGAUGGCUUAAAGCCAUUUUCGUUGACUAUGAAACUUACUUGUAUAUCCCUUAUAUUUUAUUUUAAUUCCUAAAGUACCCUCUCAGCUAAAGCCCUAAAAUUCACAAUUGUUCCUCAUUUCUUCUACAACGCAGCCUCCAUCAUCUCUGUUCAUCAUCUUCUACAACAACCAGCCUCCAAAACAAGCUCUUUCUUCACUCCCCCACUCACUCUCUUUCUCUCUCUAACAUAAAUCUACAACAUUGCCGCUGAAAAAGCUUCAUCGGAUUACUCUACUUGGGCUGCUAAACAGACUUUCAAUCUUGGUGACUGUUUGAGUAAGUUUUUUGAGCACCCUUUUUGGUCUUUGUUAGUUUUUGAUUGAUGGGUCUAGUCAAAUCUGUAUGGAACUUCUAUUAUUUGAUACUCUAAUUAACUUUUCCUAAUGUUGCUGAGUUUUUGAGCAGUUUUAGGCAGAGAGAGAUAGCAGGCUGUUUUUUUUUUUUUUUGGAUAAAGAUUGCUCCUUUUUGGAUUAUUAUGAAUGGUGGAGUUGAAUCUGCUUCUGAUUUUUUUUUUUUUUUUGGUUUUGAAAUCAAGAUUACUCCCUUUUGGAUUAUUAUGAUUGGAGGAGUUGAAUCUGCUUGUGCAUUUUGGGGAGAUAGACUUGUUAAUAAAACUUAUAAUCUUGGCUAUUAGUAAAACCUGGAGCUACUAGAAAUGAUACUUCUAUAGUUAGAAAGGUUCUUGAUAAGUUUAGAAAAGAGGAUGUGAGAAAGAUGAGGGAAAUUUUGAUUGAUGCUAUGCCUAAGUAUUUGUAUGCAAGAUCUAAUCAGGGAUUAGGGAGUAGUAAUGAUGCUUUUGAUAUUGCUAUUGAUGAAGUUUUGAAGAGAUUCAAGCAGCAAAGGGAACAAAAACAAAUCUUGGAGUCAACAAGAAAAGAUGAAAAUUCUAUAGAAUAAAGCAAGAAGAAAGUACAUUACAUUACUCAACAGGACCUUUGAUCCCUCAUUCUUUUUCUUUAAAGCGAUUAUUUUUGUUUUGUUUAUCUAUAUAAGUUCAAAGGGGGCUGCAUAACUUAGAGAAAAAGAAGAUAUUAGCUGAAUAAUCAAUUGGAUUUUGUUACAUGUAAAUUUUCAUCAUUGAUAUAAAUGUUACAUGGUACUUUGCUGAAUUAAUGUCCUUGCAAUUUCAGUAGUAGAACUAGAAUGUACAAAGGGGAUUUCAAUUCAAGAAAUCCAAGUAGUUUUUGAGUAGAGACUUUUUAUUAAAAGCAUUAUGAAACAGGGGGUUGUGAAAUUAUUAAAAGAAGAUGCAGCUUCAUAUAAUCUUGUGCAGGUUUAAUACUCUAAGCUUGAGAUGGACGUUUACUUCAUAGGGUUGCUAAUUAUGACGGCUGUUAAAUUAUGAAGCAACUUCAGGUUUCUGCAAUUUUGGUGCUUUGGUUGAGUUGAUUUAAUACUCAUUGUGCAAGAGAGAAGAGGAACCUUUUUGUUCUGAUCAAAUGAUGGUGGUUAUUAGAAUAUUUUCAAGCAUGGAUUUCUGUUUUCUUUAUCGUUGCAGUCCUUGCUAAUAUAUUUUGUUAGCAUUGUUGUGUAUUGUCCUUUUGUUAUUUGUAUGAAUGGGUUUUUGGCUAUCUGCAAACUGGUGUUUUCACUAGUUGGAAUUUGGCAAGGCAAUGAGUAAAAAGAGGAAAGAAAGUACAAUGAAUGAUUAUAAAACCAAUGAAAUAGAUUAAAAAUGACGAAACUAUAAAAAGGGUUGCCCAGUUCUCACGUGGGUAAUGUCAUUUUGGAAAUCUUAGAAGCCAUUUUUGUCAGUUAAUUUAUGAACCUUCAACAAAUAAUAUGCUAAAGAAAAAAGUACGUACAGUAUCUUGGUUCUAGUGAAACUAACAACUAACAAGUGGAGUAGGCACAUGACUAAAGAAUAUAAAAUUACAAAAAACAAUUAAACUUUAAUAUAAUAAAGAUGAAAGGCUUAAAUCAAGAAUGGCCCAAAGUUUGGAGUAUGGAUAUGACUGCUGCUGCUGCGCCUGCGGCUGCUGCUUCCACUUCUUCUUUAUUAUCUCUCUAUUUUGGUAUGUGUACAAAAAGUUGUGACUAGGGAAUUGUGGUUGUGUGUUUAGUUAUUGGGCUGCCAACAUUAUGAUGUUGCAGAGUUCAUGAGCGUUUAUUUCUCCUUUCUUUAGAUUGUUUACAUUCAAUCAUGCCGGAAACUAGUAAAGCAAGAAGUAAUGCUAAGUGGGAUGAUGAUGCCAACAUUAAAUUUAUAGAUUUGUGUGAAAAUGAGAUUAGACAAGGAUGUAGACCACACACUCAUUUAAAUAGAGAUGGAUGGAAUAAUGUUGUUGAAGAAUUCAAUAGAGCCACGGGAAGAAAGUAUGAUAAAAAACAAAUGAAAAAUCAUUGGGAUAACAUGAAAAAAGAUUGGAUUCUUUUUAAGAAGUUGAAGAAAGGGGAGACAGGUUUAGGAUGGGAUGCCACGAAAAAUACAAUUAUGGCAGAUGAUGAUUGGUGGGAGUGAAAAAUUAAGGUACAUCUCUCACAUUUUUCUCUAUGUCUUUCUUUUUUCUUUCAUUGCUAAAUUUCUUGGUUAGUUUAAAAUAGUUUUGAUUUUUUUGUUACAGGAGGAUGAUCGAUACAAUAAGUUCAGAAAAAUAGAUCUUUCACUUAUAUGGUAUCGCUAUGAUGCAUUGUUUUCUGAUAUUGUUGCUACUGGAGAAAGAGCACGUGCAGCGAAUCAAGAACAAAUGUCUGGCAUUGGAGUAGAUCUUGAUGAAGAAGGAACAAAUAAUAUUGGUGGCUAUGACAAAGAACACUUUAUCAAUCCUAGUGAUGAAGGGAAUGAUGAAAGUGAUGAUAUACAGAAUGUGGAUUCUAUUAUGUUUCCUAAGCCGUCACUUAAAAGACAAGGUUCAAUUGAUGAUACUGGAACUAGCAAUCAAGUAAAAAAAAAAUAAGGCAAAAUCUGGUGCGGCAUCAAUGAGAGAGGAUAUACACUCUCUAGUUAUAAUGAUGGUUGCGAUGCUCACAAGCCAUGACUGUAUUGGAGCAAUUGAUGGCACACAUGUUAAAGCUAGAUUACCGCAAGGUCAAGAGAUACCAUAUAUUGGACGUAAAGGUUAUCCGACUCAAAAUAUUCUCGCCGUUGUUGAUUUUAAUAUGUGUUUUACAUUUGCAUGGGCUGGGUGGGAAGGAGCAGCUCACGAUAGUCGUAUAUUUGCUGAGGCCCUUCGUAGAGAAGAGCUCAACUUUCCACAUCCACGCGGAAACAAAUAUUAUCUAGUUGAUGCAGGAUAUUCACACAUGAAAGGAUACAUGGCUCCAUACAAAGGAAAUAAUGUAAGAUAUCACCUAGCUGAAUUUUGCCGCGGUGCAACUCGACAAUUGCGAGAGCCAAGAGGACGCAUUGAGAAAUUUAACUAUUUACAUUCUUCUUGUAGAAAUGUAGUAGAGCGCACAUUUGGCGUUUGGAAAGCAAGAUGGUCUAUUUUGAGAGACAUGCCAUACUAUCACAUUGACGCACAAAGGGACAUCGUACUUGCUACUAUGGCCAUUCACAAUUAUAUUAGAAAGAAAUGCAAUGUGGAUGAUGCAUUCCAAACAGCCGAGAAUGAGAGCUAUAUUCCAAUUGUUGAUUCUAAUGAUAUUGGCACAACUUCAAGAGCUAACAAUGUAGAUGUCGAAGAUGUAGGAGAACAAAAUGAUGUCUAUUGGAUGGAGUUUCGUGAUAUGAUUGCUAGUGACAUUUCUAAUGCUUGAUGCUUGUAUUAUAUGAAUAUUUUUCACUUCUUGUAUUUAUAGUGGAGUGCUUUCGAUUGUAUUAGCACUUUUAUUAAGUACAUCUUAUGCCUGUUGCAGGCUUAUAGAGGCAACCACAACUGUUUAGAGUAUGAGAAAUAUAUUAUUAUCGCA